AUGCUACACACAGACCUACGUAAGAAAGAUAUCCAAAAAUUCCGAGGGGAUCCCUUGAAAUAUUGGUCAUUCAUGCGCUGCUUCUCAACCUCAGUGGAUUGCCUCCCAAUGGAAGAUGAUGCAAAGUUGGUCUAUCUCAUUCAGUUUUGUGAAGUACUAGCAAAGGAAGCCAUUGAAGACUUAGUGAUCUUAGAUGGUCAGGAGGGUUACAAAAGGGCCAAAGAAACAUUAAAGAAGCGUUUCGGGCAAAACCACGUGAUUGCUGGUGCUCUCAUAAACCGUAUUACCGAUGGAGCACCUAUUCUCAUCAAUGACAACCUGAGUCUGCUGACGAUGGCUCAACAGAUGAGGGUAUGCGAGGCCACACUAACGCAAUUAAAUUACGAGUCUGACAUGAAUGCUUACAGAACGUUGAAGUGUAUUGUUCGACGAUUGCCAAGGACUUUACAACUCAAGUAG